CGUGUGCCUGAGGGGGGCAUCAUGUAUCUAGGCCACACAAUACAGGCUCUUGGCUCAUUGUUGGCGUCCUCCACAAGGCCUGUGGACUGCCCUGGGGACGAGGCCUCUCAGUGCUCCUCUGGAUUACUCACCAUGCAUCUCACAGAGCUCAACCGCGAAUGUCUCCUCCACCUUUUCUCCUUCCUGGACAAGGACAGCCGCAUGACUCUGUCCUUCACCUGUCGUCAACUGAGAGAAGUCUUCCUGGACCCCUGCCUGUGGAAUCUGCUCCACUUCAGCUCUCCCUGUCAGCUCCGAAAGGACAACUUUGUGCUGGGACCCUCGCUGCGUUGCUUGAGUAUAUGCUGGUACUCCAGCAGGGUCCUGCAGGUUUGUAACAUUGAGGACUGGUUGAAGAGCUCCUUUCAGAAGGACAUCUGCAGCAAACAUGAGAAACUGGUCAGCACUUUCCUGUCCCAGGUCUGCUAUAUGUGCCCCAAUCUGCACUCACUGACGCUGUCCGGCUGUGCGCACAUCACCGACCAGGAUGUGAUCUCUGUGCUGCAGUGCUGCAAGAGACUGCGCAGACUCCACCUGGAGAACUGCGUCCGCAUCACCGACUGCUGCCUGCAGGGUGUGGAAGCACACGGCGACAGCCUGGAGGAGGUGAAGGUGGACUUCUGUAGGAACAUCACACAGGCAGGGCUGCAGAGCUGUAAGCUGAUGAGGCCGGCCAUCCGGCUGAGUGCAGAAAGGAGUGCUGAUAUGAUUCCUGACAGCGAACCUGAGGAGAAGGCACCCCUCAGGAAGUCACUGCAGAAAUUUCUGCAUUUUUCCUGAGAGGAAACUGCACAAACCAGGACCACAAGAACAACAACAUUCUAGGAAUUGAAUGCAUAUUUUUUGGGUCAUAUUUAUUUGUUUUUUUAUACUUAAAAGUGUACUUUUACUGCUGUUUCACAGACUUUCUAUUAUUAUACAAAAGGUAUGAGUCUUAUCAAAUCUGUUCUUAUCUUUGCAUUUUAAGUAACUUUCAAAAGGAAUUCUGUAAUUUGCUUUAUAUUUUUCAAGAAAAAUAUGAAAUAUAUUUUUAUUAUUUAACUCACUUUUAAAUACUAAUUGUUUUGACAAACUACAGUUUUCUUAUUUUUGUGGUGUUAUGCAUCAGACCAGUUGUUGGCAAAAGAAGUCAGAUAACCUGUUAACACAAAAAAUGAAUUAAGUAAUACCGAAAUAAAAGAAAAUUUAAAGUAAAUUUCUACAUGAAUAUUUUUAAUAAGCAGUAUAGAAUUAAAGCAUAAAACAACAAAGUGUAAUGUCAUGUUUUAUGGUUUAGGCCAUGUGACACUUAAUCCAAAUUAAAUAUAUUUUUUCUGUUGUUGAUUUUUCUGUAAAAUUCACAUUACAUAACAAGAAUCAGGAGGAAGCAGCUUGUUACAACAAUUUGAGGUAGAGGUACUGCCACUAAUAAUGAUGAAAAUACUGAUGCUGAUAAGGUUUAAUAAUUUUUUCCUAGUAAUUUUAGCAGAAAAUUUCAAAUUAACACUGCAUAAAUAAUCUUGUAAACAGUGAAAUUCCAGUAUAUGUCCAGUGUUCUUCAAGUCGUUUUGGUUAUUUGUUUUUUAUUUAGUUUAUUAUGACGUGAUUUACAUUACAUAAACCCUCACAAUUUUUGCUUUGCUUUUACUGUGAAAUGCACAGAGCUCUCAUGCAGUAAGUAGAGCAUAAACUACAUCAGGCUGUAUGAACUGAAUGUUAAUCAGUGUUUAUGACUUCAGUUGCGACUUUUCUGUUAUUGUGACCAAACAGGUUAAUUUUGGUUUCAUUACAAAACAAGAGUUUUGUUGAACUUCUGUGGUAUUUUGUAUCCUUGUGGAAAUUAAAAGGGCUUUCUUCUGGU